CAACUGCUCGGGAGAACCCAAACAAGAGAGACCUUGGUUGUAAACGCGCACUGAGGCAUUCAUAGCAGACGUUCGUCGGAUAUUUCAAUACUUUGUAAUUUAGCGAACAUUUCAAAAUGCAAUUAGAAGCAAGAGAAAUCUCAGCUCCAAGAGUUGGAAGGUUUAAGAUUUACAUUCAGGGAGACUUGAAGCACAACCAGACAGCCGUGCUGACUGUUCACGAUCUAGGAUGCAACCAUUCAAUGUGGACCAAUUUCCUGACCCAUCCUUCAAUGGAAGAGAUCACAAAGCGAGCAGCUUUUAUUCACGUGGAUGUUCCAGGCCAGGAGGACGAGGCACCUGAUUUGCCAGCUGACUACACAUUUCCCAGCAUGCAGAGCCUUGGCGAGGACCUUGUGUGUGUACUGGACCAGUUGGAUGUGAAGCAGGUGAUUGGCCUUGGAGAAGGAGCUGGAGCUAACAUCAUCGCCAGAUUUGCGAUGGCCCAGCCUAACCGUGUCCUUGGAGUGUGUCUGAUCCAUUGUACAGGGUCUACAGCAAACUUUAUGGAGGCACUCAAGGACAAGGUUAGGACGUGGAAACUUGACCAGAUCGGAAUGAACCCAUCAGCGGAGGCUUAUUUGGUGUUCCACAGAUUUGGCUCAUCGACUGAUGAGUUUGAGAAAGCUGAAAACAAGGAGCAGCUGGAAAAAGUGAUUGAGUCAUUCCAGCAGUCUCUCCGAUCAAAGAUCAAUCCCAGGAACCUUAAGAGAUUCGUCCAGGCAUUCAUGAAACGUUCCAACAUUGGUGACAACAUUGGAAAGAUCAAGUGCCCUAUCCUGAUGGUGACAGGGUCAAAGGCAUCAGCUAACCACCCAGUUCACUUGCUGUUUGAGAAGAUGAAUGAUCAGAUCUCCAAGAAGAACACUGAGAUGUUGGAGGUUGAUGGAGUGGCCAAUGUUCUGGAGGAGAGGCCUACAAGAUUUGCUGAAAGCUUCUUGUACUUUCUGCAGGGCUUAGGUGUUGCUGGUGGGGUACCAAUGAUGCGGGGGCAGAGAUCCUCCUCCUUUGAGGGUGGCACGCCACCCUGCCGCACCAGAAGCAUGUCCAUGGAGGAGGCUGACCAGCCAAGGGGCAUCUACUCCAUGAGUCCCCCCAAGUUUGGUGUAUCUCCCCCUAAGAUGAGCUCCAGUCCACCCACAGGCAGUGUGUUAUCCUCCAGCCCCACUAAGAGUUAAACAGGGACCCAGAAGAUUGAGGAGGGGAAGGUGGGAAGGGGAAGUUCUCCAUGUGUAUAUUUGUCAGAGAGAUUGAGGCUUGUAGGUCCGGUCUUGUUUGUCCUUGUCCUUGCAGGGCAUACAGUGUCAAUAUUUUCUGCAGCCAGCAGCUGUGGAAGUCCGUCAGUCCAAAUAGAUUGCGGCCAAUGGUAUUGACAGACAGACAAAUGCCCAUUACAACCAUGCUAUGCACUUGAACGACUUGAUUGUUGUAUUGGUUUGGGCUUGUAUGUAUUGAAGAAGUCUUUUAUCAUGCUUAUCUAGAAUUGCAGGUGUUGCUGCUCGAAGGGUAGCUGCAGCAUUGAGUAGCAUGUACCCAGGUAUUGAUACCCAGAUGCACACGUGUGCAUGUAUGACAAAAGCAAUCAGUCGUAUUAUCUGUGUUCAGUAUUUCUCAUGUUUUGUUUUUUUAGAUAUUCCUUGGUUAUGUAUCUUAUUGGUUGAUGAAAUACAUGAGUUAAGUUGGUACUGGGUGGAUGUAAUGGACUUGUUGGACUUUUCUACUGUUGGCUUGACCUGGCUGGGAGACAAGGAUUACCUUUACCAUGAACACUGCAAUAUGCUGCAAGCAAAUGUCAAUAUAUGAGCACUGUUUGUGUACUUUUACUUGAAUAGUGUCACUUCAGGAAGCAACAAUGGUGCUAUCCAUCAAAUCAAAUUAAUAUGCAAAGUUUUGUUUCAUAUUAAGGAAUGAAAUUGUUAUUUCAAGCUUCAAAAUUGUUUGUAGUUGCUACUUUUUAUCAGCAGUGGUGGGUUGAAGAGAGUUGCCUCCCUUAUGUAGCAUAUGAUGUUAAAAAAGAGAAUUCUCUCCCUUGUGGAGUAGAAAUCUGUUGUAAUUUUGUUUGGUUAAGUGGUGAAUUGGGUUUAAUGUUGCUGUAUAAUGAGCAGUGUCUCUGCUCAUGGAAGUAUUAUUUUGGAAAGUGAACUCAAUACAAAUACUCAGCUGAUAUGUAGCAUCUUUGAUCUUUUGAAUGCAUAUUUGUGUUUGCACAUCUUACGCGCCAAAUGUUUUGUAGUGCUUGUGAUUAAAUGACAUUUGCUUGAAGCACAGUGAUAAGUGUUUCUUAUGUUGUGAGUACUGAAGACAGCGAAGGUGUUCGUCUAUAUCAGGCCUGUAUUUCCUGUGUGGGUAUAGCAUGGGGGAUGUCCAGCUUGGCCUGCUUGUAGCGGGUAUGCAGUCCAGCUGAGGGUCAGUGCCCAGGCUCAUCCACUCCAUGUUGAUUUCAUCCCAACAGUUUGACCACACACACUACAUGAUAUCAUGUUUCUGAGGAGGAUCAUUACCAUAAUAGCAUUCAACAAGUGACCUUCAGGUUGAGUGUAGUAAUUUCAGGAAAUUUCAGCAAAUCUUCAUAUCAAUAAUGCAGCUUUUUUGUCUACAAUGAUGUUCUUUAAACAUUAUUGUCUCUCCGCUAAGCAUGGUGUGUAAAUGUCAAAUGAUUCUUCUUGAUGUUAGCUGGAUGAAAGUCAUUUUUAUACUCUUUUUCUUUAUAUACAACAGCAUUUGCAUUGCAGUAAUAGCUAUUAUGUUUCUUGAAAAUAUAUACUGUAUGCAUUGAAAGUGAGUAACAUCAGUUAGUCAUCUCCAGAAUGUUUUGCUUGAAUUAUUUUGUACAAGCAUUAUAGCCAAACCAACAGUUGCAGGGAUGUAAAAUCUUAUAUGAAAACAUUUGAAAUUCUUAACACAGGCAUAUGACGACAGACUCACUAGUUUUCCUUACUUGUCAGCCAUCUUGCACCCUACAUAAUCUAGUGUUGAAUACACUACUAAACAAAGGCAGCACACCAUAUACAACAUUGUAGACUUGACGUUCCUUGAUUGUGGCUGCUUCUGUUCAUGCCAGAACGUCCGGCAAGUCCAGACAAUCUCAGCCGACAAAAUGUUGUGUUUGAACUAUUUUCUGUCAAGAUUGGACUCCUGCUCACCUGUAGCUCUUAGAUCAUACUUGAAUGUUUGUAGGAGGUAUAUAGUUUGCUUAUCCUUGUAGCCAACAGCUAACAGGGCAUACUUGUUACAGAUCUAUCAACUAAACGCCUUUCUUAUUCUGAGUACAGAUCAGUCGUUCUUUGACACUGUGUCAAACAAGGAAUACACUGUGUCAAACAUGAAAGUUUUACUUUCUUUGAAGUAAGGAUGGUAAAAUAUUGAUUAACCAUGUUAACAAACAUGAAUAUGUAUAUGUUGAUAGAGCUGAUAACAAUGUUGUUCCAAUGAUUGUGACUGUACAUCUUUUAUUUUAUAUUCUUUAUAGAUGUUUUUUUUUUGUUGCACUUACAUAUAAUAUCAUCGUAUAUAUUCUACUGUAUUUUAUAAGCAGAUGGUGGCAAGUUUUAACCGAUACUUAUGAACCACAUAUAAUCGAUCAUUCCCUAUAUCUGUGUUGACACUUGUUAUAAUGCUCUGCUUUCUUCUGCUCAUACUGUUUCAAGUAUAAUGCAACAUUGUUAGUUUUAUAGUAGUCUUAUCUUAUUUUGUUGGUUGCUCAUGGGUUGCAGGGAUUUUGUUGAAAAUAAUAAUUUGGUAUUAAGGAGUUUGGAAUUAAUGUGACAAAAUAACAUCUUGCAAAUACACAUUGCUCUGUUUAGGAAGGCUGACAAGAAAUAUGUCUUCUCCUUGACAUUAGAUAUGUUUUCUCCUUGACCUUGGAUGUGUACAUUAAAUUCUAAAUUUUAGGACUGAUGAUUUAUCUUUUCAUCUGGGUAUCUCUGGAGUCUGACAUGUUCAUGUAAUGGAGUGGAAAUAUUGUCACAUUUGUAUAGACAUCUUUUGUAUGAAACAAAGGUACCUGAUAUGUGAGUGUCACAGUCUCAGUAUUGUUAAGUUGAAUUAUAACAGUUAAAGUUAAUAGCUGGGGUGGCUUGUUGGGAGUAGCCUUGAGGUGUGCUUCCUCAGUUAAGCUAUCUUCAAAACCAGAAUAAGACAGCUGAGCCAUGAUGGGAUGUUGAGUGUUGUCCGUGCUGCAUUUUCAUCAACUGUGGAUCUACUACAACAGUGGGCCGGACACGAUGCCCUGCAAUAAAGAUAGCACCUGCACCCAUGUUUGUUUACUUUGACCAAUGUUGUUACAGAAGUUGUUUUCAAGUUGUAUUUGAAUAUUUUGAAAUGUUACUAAGGUUAUGGAUAAGUUUGGUGUUACCUGAGACAUGGGGAGUUGUAUCCUAAAAGUACUGUUCUGACCAUUCUAAUUAGGAUGAUUUGGUUGAGGAUUGAGGAAGUGAUAAGAAGCUCUGGCUUUUGCUUGAAUGUUAGAACAGACAUGAUCUAUUCAUGACAAUUGACUUGUUUGUGUCCUAUGUUUGUUGGUUUCAUUGGUAGUUAGAGUACAGGUAACAGUUUACUUAAGCGUUUUGUUCAUACAAUGUAUGUAGCAAGUUGUGAAGAAUCCUCUGGUGUGGAGACAUCAAUUCUUAGUGUCAUGGCAAAGUAUGCGGUGAUUCAGUUUCAAAUGAUGGUCGUUGUGAACAGUGUUCUCACCCAAUGUGAUGGAGUAAGACAUCUGAAGAUGUGUUGAGCCCAUAUUCCGGUAUUACAUACUGUUUGACCUGUUUGUAAAGCAAGAACUGUGUGAUAUUAGUCCAUAAGCCUUCUGUACAUCUCCAAUUGUGUAGUCAGAAUUGUUGUUUGUUGUCAGAUGUUGGUUUACUCAUGAGAAGCAAGUGGGGGUCAUCUCUUCUGCCUCCUGUCAGUGCUUCAUUGACAAACAGAUGGCCUUGAUGUUGAGCCGACAAUAUAUCAACUCUUUACAUAGAAGCUACAUUUUUUAUGAAUAUUUUAGAGAUAACAGUUAAAGAGAUCUUGAAACCUAUUUUUGUAAGGCAGCUUCUGCUUAUGAUUUUUUUACUUAUGAGUAGAUAUCAGAAUGUAAGAUAAGCACAGACAGUCUGCUCCCUGUUUUGCAGAACAUUGAUUGCUGGCCACAUUGGAGUUUGUUCUACUUAAUGUGUUGCUGAGAACCAUGAACCUAACUGUAGCCAGUCAUAGACCAAACUAUUGCAAUAAGCUAUGGCUGAUCUACUGUGUUGCAGAACUCUAGAGCAUUUGGACAUCAGGACAACAGGCUAUGUUCACACAUUCUCCUUGUAGCUGUUUGCUAUCUGUUCAUAUCUUAUUUUUAGAAUAUGAUGAAUUUGAAUAAUCAAGAUGAAAUGAACCCAUAAACCUCAUUACCGGGUAAUUGAUGUCAAGAUUUUUGAAAUAAAGUAUUUGCAAAUA